AUGACAAAAACUAAAGCCAUGUACAAUUAUAAUUUCAUUGGUAUAGAAACUCUCCAGACUCACCUACCAUACCAGAUGCGCAAUACGAAUUGGAUCCGGAUUAAUCAGGGUGAAAUCCUGGUUGAUCUUCCUCUUCACGACCGCUCCUUUACUUGGCAAAAUUCUUUGUCCAAAUCAAGAAUUGAUAGAUGUUUCUCUUCUUUGUCGGCUGCAAAUAUUUGGAGAUCAAGUUCUUUAACUUCUUUGCCUCGAGGACUAUCUGAUCACGUCCCACUUUUGUUUCAAUCAAAAUCUAAAUUUGAUUGGGGACCUAAACCGUUUCGUUCCAUGGAUAUUUGGUGGGAUCAUCCCGAAUUCAGCAGCUUUGUUGGCAGCUCGUGGGAGUUGAUUUUUGCUGCCGAUUCCUCUUUGCCUUUGGUUCGCAGGCUGAAGCAUCUUCGGGAAAGAAUAAAAACGUGGAAUUUGGAAGUGUUUGGGGAUCAAAAUAAGAAGCAUGCUGAUCUCAUUGCAGAAGCUUCUCAGCUAGACAAUAUUGCCGAUUCUAGAGCUCUUUCAGACGCGGAAAAAGAUCGAUUUGCUGCUGUUAAAAAUAAUCUUUGGAUUGUAGAAAAACGAUUGGAGAGUUUAUGGUUACAGAAAUUUAGGCUGAACUGGACUUUAAAGGGUGAUAGAAAUUCAAAAUUCUUCCAUACAACUGCUUCUAUUCAUUACCGCAAUAACCAGAUUACAGCGAUUAGUGUUGGUGAUGCUGUUUUUACCGAACCAGAUGAUAUUAGAUUUCAGAUAAGGGCCUUCUACUCUUCUUUAUAUGCUAAGUCUCAUGAGGUUUCAGUUGAUUUAUCCGGGCUUGAUUUCAAGUCUUUAUCCUCGGAACAAGCUGCCUGCUUAAUCUGUCCUUUUCAUGAAGACGAAAUUAUAGCUGCUCUGAAUUCUUGUAAUGAGACUAAGGCCCCGGGACCAGAUGGGUUUAAUUAUUACUUCUAUAAGCGAGCUUGGCAGUUCUUGAAGAAGGACUUGUUAGAUUUUUUCAACUCUUUUCAUAGCUCGAACCGUUUGCCUGCAGGUUUAAACUCUUCGUUUAUGGUUCUAAUUCCAAAGGUUCUUGGUUCUUCAAAUAUUAGUGAUUAUCGCCCUAUCAGCUUAGUUAAUGGAAUUUAUAAGCUUCUCUCUAAAUGUCUCUCCGCCAGAUUAGCUCCCCUUUUACCAUCCGUGGUCUCAGAACAUCAACACGCGUUUAUCAAAGAGAGAAGCAUUAUGGACUGUUCCAUGAUCGCAAAUGAGUUAACUCAUUUACCAAGAACCAGGAAAGACAAAAUUCUAGUCUUUAAGCUUGAUUUUCAUAAAGCAUUUGAUUCGCUGGAUUGGAAUUAUUUGCUUAGUGUUAUGAAAUCUAUGUCUUUUCCGGAUAAAUGGCUUGCUUGGAUGUCCAACUGUUUGUCAUCGGCGUUCACCUAUGUGCUUGUGAAUGGAAGUCCUAUUGAGCCUUUCAUGCUCAAAAGAGGAGUGCGACAAGGCGAUCUGAUCUCGCCCUAUCUUUUUGUUUUAGCUGCAGAAGGGUUGAAGUGCAUUUUGCAUAAAGCUAUAGGAAUGGGUCUUAUUAAUGGGUUUCAAUUUUCUGAUGUGCAAGACCCUAUUUCAGUCCUUCAAUUUGCUGAUGACACCGUUUUAUUUCUUCCAUUUGAUCUACAUCAGCUUCGCAAUUUAACUCGCAUCCUGCGAUGCUUUGAAUUAAUUUCAGGUCUGAAAAUCAACUUCCAUAAAAGCUCUUUGCUUGGGAUUAAUGUUUCUGAUGCAGAGUUGUGUGAAGCUUCAGAGUUAGUAGGAUGCUACGUCGAGAAAUUCCCCAUCAAGUAUCUGGGUUUACCGUUGGCUAUUCGAAGAAUUCCAGUUUCAGCAUGGGAUCCUGUAAUCCAGCGUUUCAAAUCAAAGUUAUCUCUUUGGAAAGGUAACUUGCUUUCACCAGCGGGUCGGUUAGUCCUCUUGAAGUCUGUUCUUUAUAGUCUUCCCAUUUACUUUAUGUCGAUUCUUGGCAUGCCGAUUUGUAUCCAAAAUCAGUUGGACUCUUAUAUGCGAAAAUUUCUUUGGAAAGGUGAUACUUCGUCUUCUAGAGUUUUUUUGCAGAAUUUCUUGGAAGAUUUCAAUCGUAAUUCCUUAUGGUUCAAAGUCAUUUCUUCGUGUUCUUCUUUAACAAGUUGGGAUAAUCUUCUUUUGGAUAAUGCUAAUCAGCUUUCUUUUAUAUGGAAAGGAAUUAGAAAGUUGUGUUGCCUUGAUUCUACUGUCUGGAGUCUUUUUGUUAUGAACAUGAAGGUUAAUAUUAGAAGUGGUGAUUUAACUUCUCUUUGGCAUGAUAAUUGGUCUGGAAAUGGUACGGCGGCUGUUCUCUUUUCCCGUUUAUAUCAGCUUUCAAAUUGUAAACAAGCUAAAGUCAGCUCGGUUAUGGCUUUCGGUUGGAGAUGGCGCAGGCGCUUAAGAGUGGGCGAGAAAGAUAAGUUUUCAGAACUUCAUUUGUUAUUUGAGAAGGCCUGUAACGCUUCUGAUUCAGCGGGUAUUCUUGAGGAGGAUGAGUUUGUUUGGAAGCUAGAGGGCAACGGGUUCACAGUGGCAAGUAUGGCCAAUCUGUUGAAAACAGCGGGUGAUAAUUCUUCGGCAGCAGGUCAUAGAUUUUCAGCAACUAUAAUUGGCAGUACAGCAGCAGUAAAUCGCAUGUCAGCAGGUGAUCCAUCUUUUACUGCCUUCAGAAAAAAUUGGUGUAGUGAGGCUCCUCCUAGAAUUGUGUUGAAUAUCAAUUCUGGUUAUGGUAUAUGUGGUGAGUUAGAGACUCAAGACCAUAUUUUCUUGCAUUGCAUUUUUGCUAGGAAAAUUUGGUGUGAGCUUUUCCUUAAGUUAGGAAUUUCUUGGGUAAUGCCUUCUUCUUUUGAGGACUUCUUCAUCCAAUGGACAGUUAUUGUUUCUAAUAAAAGGACUUCGAAGCUUUGGACAACCAUUUGGAUUAUUUUUGUGUGGGAAAUUUGGAAGUGCCGUAAUAAGCGAGUUUUUCAACAUGUGGAUUUGACAACAACGGACGUAGUUUUUUGA